UCAUAACGGCGGACUGAUAGCAUCAAAUGGGCGCUUGGCGGCCGCCAUGGUCUCGUCCGUGUUGCUAAUGGUCGGCGUGACGCUCGUGCUGCCAAACCCGCCCUGACCUCGGCUCGUCGCAUCCAGCUCAUCUACCAUCUGACACACAAGACAAUCGGGGAGAUCAAGGGUGGACGAAGACACGUCGAUGUGUCAUGUGUCAGCUAUCCACGUACCUCGAAUGUGAUACUGUCGCCCUUGAAGGACACGGCCUGCACCAGGCGGUCGCCCUUCUUGACCGUGUAGUCCUCACCGCGGAUGUUGUCC